AUGGCGUCCGAAGUAUCGCGAGACUUUGGACGCGCCAUUUUGGGGUCGUGGCUGCGGCACAGAGCGCGCAAAGGCCGGGAGGUGAAGAGAGCGGAGGGGCGGAGUCUCAGGCUCCAGAAGACGGCGAAAAUGGCCGUUCAGAGCGGCUGGAGAGAGAGGGGAAAGAAACAGCAGGGACAGAGGGAAGAACCUCCCGCCCUAUACCCCCUCCCCUCUAGCUGGGGAGGAAAAACACCUGGUCGGGCGCAAUAUAGAGCAUUCAGAAUUAAUGAGCUGAAGAGAGAAGUCUUUGAACGUCUCACAACCUUAGAGCAGAGGGUGGAAGUUGCUGAUGUAACGUUAUCUUGUAUGAAGCCACCUAUAAGUGAAAUUGGGUCUAGAAAAAGUGUAAAAGAACAUAAGAAGCAUCACUCUGUGCCUGAUGUUUCCUCUGCUCAUCUUCUAGCUGAAGGUCGUAAAGCUAUUGACAUUGACAAGUAUAAGAAUGAAGUGAAGAAGCUGCGGGAUGAACUGGAGGAAAGAAGUAACAGCAGACUGAGCUGUCCCUGUAAAUAUUCCCGCUCUGAAGACAUCAUCCGGAUAGACCGCCGCAGAGAUGUUCCCAAUUAUCCCAAGUAUACGUUGUCUUCUGAAACCAUCGAGACCUUGAAGAAACCCACCUUUGACGUCUGGCACUGGGAAUACAAUGAGAUGCUGAGCUGUCUGGAGUUUAUGUAUCAUGACCUUGGACUUGUUCUGGAAUUCAACAUGAACCCCAUGACCCUGAAGCGCUGGCUGUUGUGCAUCCAGGAAAAUUACAGAACCAACCCGUUCCACAACUUCCGGCACUGCUUCUGUGUGACGCAGAUGAUGUAUGGGAUGAUUCACCUCUGCAAGCUCCAGGGCCGGCUGUCGCUUGUGGAGUUGGGGGUUCUUAUGACGGCCGCAGUGUGUCAUGAUCUUGACCACCCAGGAUACAACAACACGUACCAGAUCAACGCCCACACCGAGCUGGCGAUUCGUUACAAUGAUAUAUCUCCUCUGGAGAACCAUCACUGCGCAGUGGCAUUCCAAAUUCUGGCACAGCCAGAAAACAACAUCUUCUCCAAUAUUUCCCCCGAGCAUUUCAAGCAGAUGCGUCAGUCUAUUAUUCGCCUGAUUUUAGCAACUGACAUGGCUCGGCACGGCGACAUCUUGGAAUCCUUUAAACAGAUUGUUUCCAAUUUUGACUUCAGUAAUGAGGAACAUGUGAAAACCCUGCAGAUGUUGCUGAUAAAAUGCUGCGAUAUCUCCAAUGAAGUGCGCCCCACAGAGGUGGCGGAGCCCUGGGUGGACUGUCUGCUUGAGGAGUAUUUCAUGCAGAGCGAUCGUGAAAAAUCUGAGGGUCUCCCCGUGACCCCAUUCAUGGACCGUGAUAAGGUCACAAAACCAAAGGCCCAGAUUGGAUUCAUUAAAUUCGUCUUGAUUCCGAUGUUUGAGACGGUCAUGAAGCUUUUCCCACAAAUAGAAGAGGUGAUGGUGUGCCCCCUGCAGGAGGCGAGGGAUCACUACGAGGAGCUCAUGCAGCUGGAAGAGGCAAUGGCAGAGGUCCAGCAGAAGAAGGCAGAGAUCCUGUCUGGCGGAGGCAAGGCGAAGCGGAACAUAGAAACCUUGUAGCUGUGUAUAAUUUACUUUUCCAUGUGCAAUAAAAUGUGUAAACCUGGCGGUGCGGCCCAGAGCCCCCGGUGUGAUCAGUAGGAGCGAGGCGAUGAUUAAUUUUACUCCGCUCUGACCUCUCCAGCAGUCCUGCAUGUACUGGCGCGCGCGCUGUUUUCUUAAAUACGUAAUUGAUGUGGCGUUCUAAGUCUCCUUUUCCUUGCCAGUUGUGCGCCUUUAAACAGCAGGGGUGCAGCUCUCUGCUUUUUGGACUCGGUAUUUGGGGGAAUAUGUUGGGAGUCAUUAAAUAAGGAUUAGCCCCAUUCAAUGCUCAGACGCCAGGUUAGAAUAACAGAUCUGGGCAGCCCCUCAGAGCUGAUAGAUCUCUGCAUUUUCUGAAUGGAAAUGUGCCUUCUCCUGGAGACAGACUUUCGUCCGAUGUUCACUCCACGUUCAGGAAUUCUAUACAUUUCUAAUAUCUUUGUGGUUUUACAGGGUAGCAGGUUAUGGGGUUAUUCCAGGAGCUCCCAUAGACUGCAGCCACGGGUUGAAUUAUAAUAAAAAAAUGUAUUAAUCUUCCAUUCACAGUUCUGUACACAGCAGCAUUAUCCCAUCUGUGAGGGCCUCAUCCUGAGCUCUCUAGAUCAUGCAUAGAAUGUCCAAGUCACAGUACAGAAUGGGUGAGAACAGGAAAAGCUGGGAAAAUAUAUUUUCCCCCACUGUCGGCAGCCGCUAGGCUGGCAAUUAAGAGAAUUAGCAGCCAGCUGAGGAGCUCGGGUAAAUGUGGGCUGAGCGCCUCAAUCAGGGCUCCCAGUCUGGGGAAGGAGCAGUCUGCGGCCCUCUAACCCUGUGUGGGGUAAGCACGGUGCUGUGUUUUGGGGAGCUGGCUGGUAGACCCAGAUCCCGAUAGAGAGGGAGAACUACUGUAUAGUCAGUGGCCAGACGGCCUAGGGAUUUGUGUUUAGGAUUUAUGUUUGGUCUGCUGUUAA